GUGACGAAUUUUUCCACGGUGAUGUUAGUUACAUAAAAAACGUUAUCUGAAUAAUAUUCUACGACUCUUAUGUAUUGGCACUAUUUCGUAACCCGAUGUCUUUAUCAAACUGAGUAUUUAAACGGAUAUCACUACCCGUUAGACGCAUUUGUCAACGCCAGUGUGUUGAAAAAAUUGCGAAUUAUAUGCGAACCACUGCAGCACAGAAUGUCUUUAUACGUGUUGAGGUCGACUCUUGCCAAAAUCAAAAUCCAUCCAGUUGGUCUUCGAUAUUUCUGUGAUCGAGAUGCCUUCAAGAAAAGAGGUGAUGCCUUGGAGAACCAAUACAUCAGGAAAAAAGACGACGAACUGUUGAGGAAUUUGAGGAAGUCUUUGGAGGGAAUUGAAAAGAAAGAGCAGAAAGUGAACUCCAUGUCAAAAGUGAACACUGUGAUAAAUAAUAAAUAA